GCGGCUGCGGGGCGGGCCGGGCAUGGGGCGGCGGUGACGGGGGGCUCGGCGGGGGCGAUGCGCCCUCCCCGGCCAUGGAGGAGCGCUGGCACCGGGCGCUGGCGGCGCUGCUGCUGCUGCUGCUCUUCGGGGGGCUGGUGCUGCAGUACGUGUGUCCGGGCAGCCAGUGCCGGCUGCGGCAGCGGCCCUCGGGGCGCGGGCCGGGCGGGGGCCGGGCGGGGGCGGGGGCGGCGGGGGACCCCUACGGCCCGGAGGACGGCAGCCCCGCGCGCUUCGUGCCGCGCCUGAACUUCUCGGCGGCCGAGCUGCUCCGCCGCGUGGACUUCCGCAUCGCCGGCGACGACCUGAUCGUCUUCCUGCACAUCCAGAAGACGGGCGGCACGACCUUCGGGAGGCACCUGGUGCGCAACAUCCAGCUGGAGCAGCCGUGCCAGUGCCGCGCCGGGCAGAAGAAGUGCACCUGCCUGCGGCCGGGCAAGCGCGAGACCUGGCUCUUCUCGCGCUUCUCCACCGGAUGGAGCUGCGGCCUCCACGCCGACUGGACCGAGCUGACCAACUGCGUGCCGGCCCUGCUGGACAGCAAACGGGACGCCCGGCUCCGGCCCAGCCGGUAG